CACGCUACACGAAUCAUUACGCUAUCUGCCAUUCGGUAGGGGAUGAUGGAACCACAAGUGUUGCCAACAUCUCUACGGUCACCUUGUGGAGUGUCAACGGUAAAUGAUUUCCAAAUUGAGAGCGAAGCUCUACUGGACUCGGAAAAAGAUGGGAGCGGAGCCAGUGGCGUACGAGAAUUAUACAUAUGCGGUAGUCCUGGAGCAGAAGAUGAUGAUGAGGCGGACAAUGAAUCUCACUCUUCUCCUGACUUCCCAUUCUACAAAGCACGGUCAGAGUGCUCGAAGUCCGUGGAUCAAGAAAACCUAGAACCGAGAGAGUUACAAACCACUGAAUUUGACCAUGAUUCUAGUCUAUCCAAGGAAACAACCUUAGAAUCAAUGAAAAUCAACUGCACUGAAGAUGUCGAAUCACUGCCUGAUCGAGCGCUGAAAUUGACGAUAAAAACCGCUUCACGGGGAGCUGAGCAGUCCUCACGUGGACCGAAAACUGCAACCGGUACACCCAAAGCAUGUGCCAAAAAGUCAUUCGUUUGGAAAUAUUUCCAUCACCCCGAAUUGGCCUCCGGAAUAACUGAUCGUAGUCGAACGCAAUGUAUCCUUUGUGAUAGUCAGCUUGCAUUCAACGCAUCGGGGACAACAACGACAAUGUUGAAUCAUCUGAAAAGUCGCCAUGGUGAUAUUGCUGAACAAGAAGAAUUACAACGUCGUGUGAGCAGGCCUAAGGGAGGAAACACUCGACACCUUGUUGCAGACAAUCGUAGUUCCAAUGAAGAAACAGACCAGCUAGAUACGCCAGGUGAUCUACAAAGAAUUUCGCUCAGCGGUAACCGACAUUCUCGCAGCCCUAUUGGACAACGUGGACGACCACCGGUUGCAGUUCGACGUCAAAAGUUGACCAAGAAUCCCGAGGCAAUGGACUACCUGAGCCAAACAAGUGCCUUGCAGGGCUGCCAAUUGAAAUCUGACGGGGGAUCAAUGUUUCCGCUUGGCUCUUAUGCUGCCUUAACUGAACAACAGCACCGGGCACUGAUCAAUGAAAUGCUAUUUUCUGCAGAGAGUCUAUCCGCAUUGGGAAAAGAUAGUAUCGUAGGAGCCAACGGAAAUGACCAACGCAAAGAGGUUGGCGCGCUACUCCCAGGAAUGAAUUUAGUUGGCGUGGGCGGACACAAGUUCGAUGCGGUCACAGACGCUGCACUCUCCUGCGCUGCCAACAAAAUGUUCUCAACACCUCUAUUUCCACGAAAUUCUCUCCUAAAUGCUGUAUCGGCCUUUUCCAACGGAGCGUUCGGUAUACCUUUACCCGGCCAAAUAAACUGUCCGGCUGCCCAGGAGCUAUCUCCGUCGUCUAGUUCUGGUCUUGGUGUCAGUGUGAGUAGUCCGGUUGAACCAACCACCACCAGUGCGUCACCAACCAAUUCAACUGAUAAUCGCAGCGUGACCUCUCCCACACAUCUGUCUCACAGGUUCAGUCAGGCAAACCAACCGAUUCCGUUUCACAAAGUAUCACUGACACAUGAAGCAAGACCGAUUACAAAUGGACAUGUAACUGACGUUAUUGGUACCGGAAACUGUCUCGUUUCCAGUCCCGUGGCAACAACAUCCUAUUCUUCUGGGAUGGUCGGUCGUGAUGGUGCGAUGAUCUGCCCAUCUGGACUUCAAUCUCAAGCCAAUGUUGGAAAUGUAGCCAGCCCUGCGGACCUGGCAAGUAGUUUUGGUAGUUUUAUGAACUUCUUUCCGACUCUUUCUAACGGGCAAAAUCCAACAAUGUUUCAGUGUAACGAGCCUGAUUUACUAACUCAACAACAAAAGCAGCAGCAGCAACACCAACAACAACAACAAUGGUUGCAGGCCUGGUUAGCAAGUUUCACAAACGGAAAACUGAUAAACAAUCCAGCAGGUUUCAUUGAUCCCGCUUCCGUGCUGAACUUGUUGACCAACUCCGCAGGAUCUAAUGUCAAUUCGGUCGGUCCGCUGACAACUAACAACGAGGUGCACGCGAGCUCAAACUUAUCUCUGCCAGUUGGAUCCCUGGUCGAUUCAUUGCAGUCACCAAGCCAGGUGACAAGAUCACUGCUAGACGGCUUGAAUCAGUGGACAAAUUCUUCACAAGUCACGCCAAAUAUGAAUGCAUCAGGCCUGACGAUAGCCUCUUUGAUGACAUCUCAUUCAAGUCCAACAGUGAACCAAUCACAAGCACAGCACCACUUACAGUCAUCAUCCAGACUCUCCAAUGAACCGCAAUCUACAUUCCCAACUGUGUCCUUGGAACACAUGGUCUCAAACUCACCUACUACGGCCAAAUAUAACAAUAUGAGCGGCAAUUCAGUGAACCUAGGAGUUUCUAUGAAUUCUUUGGAUCUGUCAACAAACAACGGAUUUCGUCCGCGUUCCGGCAGCCCUCAAGUUCCAACAUUAGACGAUGAGGAAAUGAAGACAGGCCAAGCAAGUGAGCCUGGCCCAGCGUCAUCAACGAAGAGGAAACGAGCUCGUCCAAACUAUAUAUCUCCGCACUGUGAAGCAAAGCGUCGUGUCUUGGAACACGUAAGCAGUACUGACACUGAAGACAGUGAGGCCACAGAUAUGACAAAUAAAGCGACGGAGCACCUUUUAGUCAUCCCCGAAGUUUCCAGAGCAUCAUCUGCGGUCAACCAAGUUGAGCAGCAGAUUUCAAAACCCGAAAGGAACCAGGUCACGCAAACUACAUUCUUGCACAAUCUCAUCCGGUACCUGGUAAAAGACAUGCAGCCACCAGAAAUCGUGGAAGGCGAAGGGUUUAAAAGCAUGAUUGGAUUCCUUACUGGUUGCCAGCUGCCCUCCGCCGAAAGGCUUCGUGCAGAGUUGCUGCCAAGACUGGUCAAAGAAGCACGGGACAAUACUGUACUCAGGUUGACGGCCCAUAGCGAAGCUUACUCGGUCAGCUUGGAUCAAGGAAAAGCGAACCAAAAUAUGGAGUCAGGAAGCGCUGAGGACAAUCUGCAGGCACUGGCAUUCUCGGUUGAAAUAUGGCCCUCAGCAUCGCGAGCAAGGAUGGAUACCGUAGGGGACAUAAAAUUUGUGCAGGGCAGUGCUGUUCAUGCCAAUUUGGAAGUGCAUCGCUCAUCUUUACGCUCGUCUAGUUUGCAGAGUCACGUAUACGAUUCGAUCAAGGUCACUGAUUAUGAAGACCUAGCCACUGCUCUUAGAAAUUGCUGCGAUCAGAUCAGACCGACGCAAAAUGCUGAAAAAUUCAAAUCCAACGACUGGGCCAUCCCGCUGGUGACAAACCAGGUCCCGCUAAUACAAACAAUCCAUGCCAAAUCGACCGAGAUUCGGACAGACAUUUGCGAAAUCGCUGGCCGUGAAUUCCUCCUCAUACCCUGUUUUGUAUCCCAGAUGAUCAGAGCUGUGAUGGCCGGCUUGAACCUUGUUGGUGUCCAGCGUGUAUUGCACAGAACUAAACGAGGUCUCCAGAGGAAAAACGAGCAGCUCCCGGACAACGCUUGCUAUUCAAAUCAGAAUGAUGAGAAGACUAGUUCUGAAGACCGAAAUGAACGCUUACCCAGUAACAACCUGAUCGACGAGGUGCAAGUGGCUGAGAAUGCAACUCAACCAAGCAGUAAUGAGGAGGAUAUUCCUAAGAAUUUUCAAAUAGAAUCUGUUUGCAGUUCUUGGGCACAGGCGUACCAUCUGAUCCAAAGUGCUUCCGAUACGGCCGUACCAACCCCGGUCUCUGAUGACAAACGCGUAUUGCAGGAACUUCGGCAUGUUUUGGAGCUACUAAACCAGACGUUGGAGCUCAUUCACCGUCGAGAUCUUGUCCUUACAGCCUCAAUGAUGGAACCUCUUCUACAGAAUCUUUGUCAGACCCAUUUAGCAUCGGCCGAAGAAUUACCACAAGACAACAGCGAAGAUCCGUCGCGAGGCACAAAUGUGGUAGAACAGUUCAAAUCGAUUAUCCGCGAAAGUUUGAUGCAAGCCUACCCGGAGGAUGCGGCAGUCAGAGAGACCUUGCAACUUGCCAGCCUUCUUGAUCCCAGAUUCAAGGACCACAGCGAAGGUCAAAAACCCAGCGUCGUCUCGCUACUUCGAGAAAAGCUUGAGGCAGUUCCUACGUCAAUUGACUGCACACCAAAACAGCAGAAUUUCAGCACUACUGACCCGUCCCCAAUAUCUGCGGGUGGAAAAACCACCAAACCUUCAUCAGAUACCACCGGCCUACGAACUGUAUUUGGUCUCCAGUGCUUCGCGCGCACUUCGCUGUCUGAAGUGGACCGUUACCUUCGAGAGGAACCACUCGGACUGGAAGAGAAUCCGUUUGCAUGGUGGUCUGAAAAGGUCAGCACCUAUCCCCGAUUGGCCAUUUUAGCCAACUAUUACCUAACCAUUCCGCUGACUUCCUUCGCAGUAGGGAGGCUCACCUCUCUUGGAUCACUAGGGCAAGACAAGCCAAACGAAACUCAUCUGUAUGAGCCAAAAGAUGGCCUUGGUUUACCCAAUAUAGUUGACCCGUUGGGACGCAACCGAGUUCGAAUCGCGGAGGAUGAUCAGGCCACAUACAACUUCCUUUGGCAUAAUUUGGAUAAGAUCCACGAAGUAUGAUUUGUUAGAAGCGCGAAUUUUGUAUUUUCUUGUAUGCCGCUGUGAUAUGUACCAUAGCAAUAUGUAAAUAACCAACAUUCUGUUGCACUUUUGAAGUCUAGUCCUUCACACACACACCGGAGGAUGAUCAGGCCACAUACAACUUCCUUUGGCAUAAUUUGGAUAAGAUCCACGAAGUAUGAUUUGUUAGAAGCGCGAAUUUUGUAUUUUCUUGUAUGCCGCUGUGAUAUGUACCAUAGCAAUAUGUAAAUAACCAACAUUCUGUUGCACUUUUGAAGUCUAGUCCUUCCUUCCACACACACACACACAUACACACACACACAUCUCGCACACCAAAACCGUUUUGCUACCAUGACUGAUGAUGAAGCAGCUCGUGAAAUUUACUCGACUUCUGUACAGAAUAAAUUAUAAGAAUGUUGCUCAAACCGCACAAACACACGAACACAGCCUUGCACUGUCUAGCCAGCAAUUUGCACUGCCUUUGGCAGCUAUGCUUUUCUCUUGCAGCAACUUUCCUACUCUGCGUGUUGAGUGAAACUGGUCG